AUGUCAAGUACUACGCUUGUCGAUACCACCAAGCUCAUGUCACUAGGUGCCGCUGCUCACAGGUUGGUGGCGAUUCAGCAGCGUUUGUGCUACUCAUGUCAUUCCGCGUCUUCUCUCGUGCCCUCUCAUCUCCCUGACUCAUCAGCCGUGUUUCUCAACGACAGCCAGGCCGCAUGGGGAAGGACGCUUCCUGGGUGGACGGCGGGAGCCAACUGCAGCAGCGCGCAAGGGAUAAGCUGUGACGCGUCAGGCAUGAUUUCCGCAAUAGAUCUAAACAGCAACUCUUUGACGGGUUCCAUCCCCAACAGCAUCUCCUUGCUCACUGCGCUUAAGUCAUUGGUCCUCUUUGACAACGCUUUCACAGGCUGCAUUCCCAGUGGCAUCGGAUCGAUUACGGGUCUUCAAAGCAUAUACUUGAGUAACAAUCAGCUUGAGGGGUCUAUUCCAGCUGCUCUCGCAAGCUUCCCAAACAUGUUUACUUUAUAUAUGAGCGACAAUAAGUUAAGCGGGUCAAUUCCAGCUUCUCUCACCACCAUUGUCCAACUGCGAUAUCUGUCCCUGCAAGGCAACAACCUGUCUGGACCCUUCCCGUCAGUGCUGAGCUCUCUCAAAUUGCAAACAUUAAAGCUGGGUGGAAAUCACUUUACAGGGAGUUUUCCGACUGAAUAUUCCCAUCUGACAUGGUUGAGUAAUCUGUGGGUAGAUGGCAACUCACUAACUGGAGAGCUCCCAGACAUCUUUGGGUCCAUGACAAAGCUUACCUCCUUGAAACUGGAUGGCACAAGUCUCAGUGGCCCUCUGCCCAUGUCCCUUGGGAAUCUCACUCGACUCAAAGUCUUAACCAUCGACGGCACAAGCCUCACAUGCCCUCCUGACAAAUCCAGCUGCGGCUCCACCAAAUCUGGAAUGGCAUUCUGCCAAGCAUGCCCUUCGUUCUGCUCAAGUUGCACAUCCAGCAGCGAGUCAGCAUCUGGAGGUGGAGGUGGAGGCGGUGUAUCGAUGGGACUCAUCAUCGGCAUUUCCGUCGCCGCGGUGGUGCUUCUGCUGCUGCUGGUUGCCGUGCUGCUCUACGCCCGCAUCUGGAUGCAGAAGAAAGCUGCACUGGGCACCAGCCUGGCAGCGGCGCACUGCACGGAGUUCUCCCUGGAGGAGAUCCUGCAAAUGGCCGACAAGAACCAUCCCAACAUUGUGCGACUGCUGGGGUUUGCGGUGGGAGGGGACGUCAGCUUUGGUGUGCUCAUGAUUGUGGUGCUCACUGGACGCCCUCCGCUCGCCGAGGAUGCCGGGGAGACCAAGCAGAUCACCCCGCACCCCACCAUGGACGCCCCUGAAGAUGCUGUUCAGCAGGUGGCUCGGCUGGCAGUGAGCUGCACCAUGGAGCGCACUGCAGGCCGCCCAAGCAUGGCGCAAGUUGCCGACGAGCUGCAGGCAGUCAGGGAGGAGGUGGCGGGGAAAGAUGAACACAGCGCUGCCGUUAAGGUGGAUGCUGAGGUCCAGGAGAUGAAAGAUGCUUUCGGAGGCGUGGAAAGUCUCGAGGCACAGCUCCAGAUGAUUGGGGAUGACGGCAGCUUCAUCACCGAACGCCAUGUCUAG